AUCAAGUGAAUAUAGUAACUGAUAAUAAAACAUUGGUAGUUCAGUGGCGUUAGUGUCGACAUUAUUUUUUGACAGUUGUUUUCGUUAGCACGUGCAUUUACAUCAAUAUUUGUGGAACGAUGGUAUAUUAUUUUACAAGCGAGGUUGAACAACCGCCAGUAACAUUAUUUAUGGGGGUUGAUAAAUAUGAAAAUGAGGAUUUGAUUAAAUGGGGUUGGCCAGAAGAUGUUUGGUUUCAUGUGGACAAAUAUUCUUCAGCUCAUGUGUAUUUACGAUUACAUAUGGGUCAAACAAUAGAUGAUAUCCCGAAUAAAGUUUUGGAAGAUGCCGCACAAUUAGUAAAAGCAAACAGUAUUGAUGGAAAUAGAAUGAAUGACAUUGAUGUAGUUUAUACAAUGUGGUCUAAUUUGAAAAAAACUCAGGGAAUGGAAGUUGGUCAGGUUGGUUUCCACAAAGAGAAAGAUGUUCGUAAAAUCCAUGUUACAAAACGUCAAAAUAUUAUUGUUAAUCGACUUAAUAAAACUAAGCGUUCUGAACAAGUAAAUUUACAAGCAGAAAGAGAACAAAGAGAUAAAAAUGAGAGAGAAAAUAAGAAAAAGCUUUUAAGAGAACAGAAGGAAAGAGAAAAAGCUGAAGAGAAAAGACGUCAAGAAGAAGCUGAAAUGAGAAGCUACAAUUCAUUAUUUAAUUCAUCUAAUAUGACAUCAAAUACAGAAAAUAGUGGUUAUGAUUCAGAUGACUUUAUGUGAUGAACUCAAUAUAAUUUAAUUAUUACAAGUGGUGCCUAUUGUAGAAUAUAUUUUAAUUGAUAUUAUAGAGAAUAUAAUUGAAGUAAAAUGGAAAGCACUUGUAUUGAAUGUAUAAUUUGGUUACUAAUUGAAAAUUUGUUUUCAAUAUUAAUACAAUGUGAAGUUAUUAAUAAAUUAUGAUAUAUUAUGUAA